CUUUACUGAGCUCGUGGAGUAUCUUAUUCAACAACGGCUGCGUUUGGGGGACUAAAUUUAUCUUAAUGUUCGGGUUUUGUCAUAGUAAUUAGAAAUUUUAACCUGACACAGAAACUUGGCGGGGUUUUCAUCACUUUUGUAGUCGGCGUAAAGAAGAAACUUCCAGGUUAAAUCUGGGAGGAUGCGAGCAGCCGAUGGAGCGCUGACUGUAUGGAUGUAGCUGGGGCACGAUGCUAGCAAGCUAACUGACCGGAGAGGGCAUGGUGUGGCUCUUAUCGUUUGCUUCAAUCGAAAACCAGUAACAAGUAGUCGAUCAGCUGACAUGGAAGUCACUGGAGAAAUCAGCGACACGGACAGCGGCAUUAUUCUUCAUUCAGGCUCCGACAGUCCAACUACGCAUGCAAAAGAUGUGACCACACACACGCGGGCCAUGAAGCUGAAACACCAGGCGCUCCAAGACCGGCUGGAGAUUUGCAUACUGGAGCUGAAGAAGCUCUGCAUCCGAGAGGCUGAGCUGACAGGUCAGCUGCCAAAGGAUUACCCUCUGCUACCAGGAGAGAAGCCUCCACAGAUUCGCAGACGCAUCGGCGCUGCUUUUAAACUGGAUGAGCAAAACAUUCCUCAGGGAUCAGAGAGUUCAGAACUGAGUCUGGUGGAUGCCGAUUUGGCUCUUCAGAUGAAGAUUUACGAAGCUGCCCGCAAGCUCUGUGAGGAAGAUCACCUGAGCAAGUCUGUCAGGAAGAGUCGGAUACUGCACAGCAAAACUGAAGAAAAGAAACUUAAGAAGCUUCAAGAAAAGGCCUUUCAGCUGCGGCUGGAGCGUGGCCGAUCAUCGCCACUCCCUGGUCUUAAUGUUACACAACAAGAUCUUGGCACAUCUGAUGACAGCUCUUUAUCUGAUUCUGCGGUGCAAGAUGAAGAAGUUACAAGCCAGACCUCGCAGCCAUCCUCUGGUCUUCCUUAUCCAGUGGAAACGGAUUCGCCCCGGCCGCUCACCAUGUCCUCACAUUCCUGCGUCAACAGCUCCUACAUGUCUUCAUCAGCGGCUCCUCGGUCGCCGCUGUCUAACCCCUGUCAGUCUCCCUGCCCCAGCAUCGACUCCAAGUUGAGUUUUAGCUCCAGCCCUGCAUACGACCCCCCUCCCAUCCAGCACUCCCCAUGGUCGGAGUCCAGUCUUGACCAGCCGUACCAGAAGAGCAAGAAGUCGCGUUCCUCCAGCACAAAGAGCAGUCCAGCCAAAUCUGAAUUGUUGCCACCGUUGGAGGCUUGCUUACCUCAACAACUGUCCCAUAUGAGACUGGGCCGCACCCAGUCCAGCAGCACCCCCUCCACCCCAGAGAUGCGUGUGCACAGACAGCUCUCCCUCAGGGUGUCCAAUCCUGAAUCGUCAUUUUAUAAGGAGCGUGGCCGUACCAGAGGUCCCAGGCGACGUCUGACAGAAUACCAGAUAAUGUUACCAGAAGCUCAUUCUCCUACGAUGAGCUACAGCAGCUGUGCUAGCUCUGAAGACAGCAACUCUGAACGCUCCUUCUCUAUUCACAGCAACUCCCCAUGUCAGGAGUUCCCCUCUCAUCCACGCAGACAGUAUCAGGCUACACCCCCUCUCUGCAGCCCAGAAGGCAGCUAUGGUCCUCAAGGUCUCGCUCCCACCACCUUUCAUCGCAACCCCAGGUCUCUAAUGAGUCCUGUGGUUCAGAGACCGUAUUACGAUGAAGAAAUGGUCUACCCCGCUGACAUGGACCUGACUCGGCUCCGUAUCCCGCAACAAAUGGCUUGCUCCCCCAACACAUAUGAAUAUUAUUACAGAAAAGCUGCUAUUCCGCACCAGAGAGUACAGAGGCCUGUGCCUCCUGAUAUCAGACUCACCCCCCCAGCACAGAUGGACAACAUGCACUACAGCUUCCACGGUCUCCCACGUCAGGUGGUGAAUGAGCAGCUGAAGUCCUGGCACCGCCGCAGUCAGUUCAAACCGCCACGGUCUCGCUCUCUGGACAGACAGGGAGCAGUCAGGCUGAAAAACAUGUCAACUCGAGAAUCAACCAGCUUCCAGAAUCAGAAACACCACGACCAAGUUAUCCAAAGAGGAGCCAUGCAGAAAGCUGAAGAAGAAGCUCCAGAGCACUGGAUGAUCGACAAUGGCUCUCACUACAUGAGUCAAGUGUGAAGAUCAGAGAUUAAUUCACCGACUGCAGUUUUACAUGUUGAACCACAAUACAAUGGUCUGAAUAUCAAUAGUAUUGUCCGAAGGUAUUUUUACCAUUCUGUUUACUCACUUUAUUUCAUUUGCGCACAUAAAAUGAGGAUAAAGAUUGGAACGUCUUGCCAACAGAAAUCAGCAGAAGGUCAACAUUUCCUCAGCAGAAUUGAAUUUGCUGCAGAUGUUUAGAUUUGAUUUAACAUUUUUAAAUACAUUUUGCCAUGUUAAGGGAAUGGAGUCUUGCUGCUGCUGCUCUUGUUCAGUCUGAAAUGCUUGUGUCAUAAAACCUAAAUCUUUAAUAUGUGGAAAAGUCAUACAUUGUUAAGUAGGUGUAUAAAGACAAAAAACUAACAAUAAUUGUUUGCUGGACAUAAAGUUUCAUUUAAAAAGUAACUUUAUGUCCUUAAAGCUGAAGCAUGAAUUAUGAAAUUCAGGUACCGAGCUUUAGGUACUAAACUUUUUUUAGUUGGUAACAUCGCAGGUUUCUGUGAGGAUGUACAAAGAAAAGUUGUCUUUUUUCUAGUAGAUGUGAAAUAAUGUCAUCCUUUUCAACCUGUUUUAGGGUAAUGAUCCACUAUGUAAUAAUAAUAAAGAUUAAAAGCAUAUUUUUAUGAAAUAAUCCCAGUUAAUGAGCUUGGGCUGCCUGUAGUCAGUGUCCUGAGAUUAAAAUCUUUGUUGUGUGUGUAUGUGUGUUAUAUAUAUAUAUAUAUAUAUAUAUGUAUUUUAGGCUUCACUGGCUAACUUGAAUAACUAACCCACUGAGUUAAAAUAGUCAAAACAAGGUACUAACCUAAACAUGUGACGACUAAAGCAGCAAAAUAACAGAAGCAAAGUCGAAACUGAAUCUCUUGGCAGCUAUUAAGAGGUCAAACUGAAAUUCAUAUCCUUAAAGCUUUAACUCUACCUUGGGUUGGUUUUAUUUUUGUUUUCAUUUUAAUUUCUUUUUUUUUUAAGCACCACCAGUGGUUGAUUAACAAUGUAAUUUGCACCCUAAAAACCACACAAAGCCAAACUUGAACUCAAAGCAGACAUGGACCAGAGUUUGUAGAACAAAUCUAUUUUAUUGCUGUUUUUUAUAUAUAUAUUUUAAAUAGAGCACAAUCAUUUUACCUUGUGUGCCUCUUGUUUUUUUACUGCCUUUUACCUAUUUAUCUGUGUUUGCAGUUAGUAUUUGGUAAAUGUGUUGCUGUUUAACAAAACCUGUGAUUUUGGUUUUACUGUGGAAGUAAAAAAGUAUUGUUUGAACACAA